AUGAUAUCAGGAGGAUUUGUGGGCGGGGGUUCAACGAUAUUAGCCCGAAAACGAAAUUUAAGAAACCUUUAUGGCGUAAACCGGGCAGAGGUACAGAAGAAGUCUAUGCCGGCCAUAACAUUUUCAAAUGAAGAUUUUCAUGCUCCAAACUUAGACCAGGAUGACCCAAUGGUCAUUACGGCAAUGAUUGCUCGGUACCACGUGCGGAAAGUCUUUGUUGCUCAGGGAAGUUCGGCGAAUAUAUUAUAUUGUAAGACUUUCUCACAGAUGGAGAUAUUGGAUGAGGCUGUGAUGUCGUUCAACGAGCAAAUUGUGGGGUUUGUUGGGGAGAGGGUAAAUACGAGAGGUUAUGUGGAUUUGAGAACAAGUUUGGGAGUAGACAAGGACACAAAGGAGUUGAAAGUCAGAUUUUUGCUAGUGGACGCCGAUACAUCUUACAAUGUUAUAUUGGGACGUCCAUGUUUGAAUGUUUUCAGAGCUAUUGUUUCCACUCCGCACUUAAUGUUAAAGUACCCAUCGGAAGAUGGGAAAGUUCACGCUGUUCGGGCAAACCAAAAGAUGGCACGAGAAUGUUAUGUGGCCGGAUUAAAAUUGAAACAAACAUCUCACAAGACUAGAGGGGGAAAGUCAGAGGUAGUUAUGGUGGAGUUGGACAUGACGGAACUUGAUCCAAGAACAAAUGCGGAGGAUAGGGUGGAACCGAUGGGGGAAGUCAGGCCUUUCAUCCUUGGAGGGGAUAAGCAGGUUACCAUGCUCGGGAGUAGUUUAACCGAUGAGCAGGCCCGAGUCAUAGGUAGAAUUUUGACUGAAAACAAAUAUUUGUUUGCCUGGACUGCAGCGGAUAUGCCAGGUAUCCACCCGGAUGUGAUUUACCAUAAACUAUCACUAUUUAAGAACGCCCGUCCGGUUUCACAGAAGAAGAGAAGGUUAUGGGUGGAGAAAAGGAAGGCAGUGGAUGAAGAGGUGGGUAAGUUGUUGGAGGCUGGAUUUAUCAGGGAAGUAAAGUACACUACGUGGUUGACAAAUGUAGUGAUGGUUAGGAAGUCGAACGACAAGUGGAGAAUGUGUAUAGAUUUCACUGACUUGAAUAAAGCAUGCCCGAAGGACACAUACCCUUUACCCAGUAUUGAUGCGCUGGUCGAUGGAGUUUAUGGGUUUGAGGUCCUUAGUCUCCUUGAUGCUUAUUUGGGGUAUAAUUAG